AUGUCCAUGCUGCAACAUAUACGGACCAAAUGUUGUAUAGUGGAGUGGAGAAUCGGGAGAGUGGCUGGUCUGUCGCUCCCCGAGCUCCGUAGCACGUCUCAAGCACUGGUUCGUGGAUUAAGGUCCAUUAGCAACGUGCUGUAUUGCAAGGACUUGACCUACGUGAGAGACGGUGGGUUGGCACAGAUGGUCAGCUCUCCCAAAAUACAGAUGGUUUUGAGCACAGAGAGGAGAGACCUUCUCGCCGAAUUCUUGGCAAGAGUGCAAGGUAUGAAGAUGUCGGCGGCGAGGGCUGGUUCCAGACGCCCAAUUGUGGAGCGAGAACGCGGACAGCAGCUCCAUAUAAAGAGGGAUAAACUACUGGGACAAAUACUUACUGGAGGAACUACGCACAGUAACAACAGUCCGUGGAUACUGGCAGAUCCCACAGAGAUGAAACUAACCUCGAAUACUGGUACCGUGUUUCCUGCGAAAGACCUAGGGUCAUUGAUGUCCCAGUUUAAUGAGAAGAGAACUGGGGAGACGAGUGCAAAGGUUGAACUCCUCGAUACUUUCCCAACAGGUCAGCAAGAUAAUAUUCAACUCAAACCAUAUCUGUAUAUAAACACCAACGAUCUACCAAAGGGGUUGAGCACUUGGUUACAGCCUUUCUCUGAGACGACAACUGAGGAAGAAAAGCAACGCUUAGAUCUGCUACUUCAUGGUUUCAAUGGAUUUUAG